AAAACAAAUAACCUUAAACACUAAACAGUAUUCGUAAUUCAUAGUAUACACUAUUCAGUUUCAGACGUUUCAGUAUAUAUACAUAAACACAUUUGGUAUUUUGGUAAACACUACUACGCUAGCCAAAUACUGUAUUUAUUAUUUUAAGUUAAAAACGUUAAACAGUGAAUUCCGAAGUUAUUAUUUUUUCAAAGGCAAACGAUUAACGUAUAAUUUUAAUAUGACGGAAGACACGAGCAUAGUUGAUCCGACCAACAAAAAAAUUUCAUAUUCUACAAGAAUCAAAUACCUCAAUGAAAUUUCCAAGCCUCUAGCAACCAAAGCGCUUACAAAAAAAAUUUAUAAACUCGUUAAGAAAGCACAUAAAGAAAAGACUUAUUUAAGAGUUGGUCUAAAAGAAGUGCAACGAAGAGUCCGAAGAGGUGAAACUGGUUUAGUAAUUUUUGCUGGUGACGUUUCACCAAUUGAUAUCAUGAGUCAUAUGCCUGGUGUAUGCGAGACAAAAAAUCUGCCUUACUGCUAUGUGCCUUCGCGUGAAGAUUUGGGUUCAUCAAUGGGUGUCAAAAGAUCUGCUGUUAUGGUUCUUAUUAGAAAGCAUGAAAAUUAUUCAGAUUUAUAUGACGAAUGCCUGAGCGAGAUUAAAGCUCUGCCCUAUGAUUUUUAGUCUACUGGAUUUAAAUGUCUAAUUUUUAUAAACUAAGAAUAAUGUUACAAUUAAAUAUAAUUAAAACAAAAUAUAUAAUGUAAGAAAAAUAAA